AAAACUUUAUUCGUGAAACGCUCAACAUAUAAACAAACUUGUAUCAUCGAAAUAACAUUUGAUUAUCAAAAUUUGAUCCAGAAAAAAAUGGAUUUACGUGAAUUUUUCGACAGUAUUUUUAACAUGGAAGAAACUAUUGAUGAUUUGGAGAAAAGUUUUAUACGUGGUAAUUUUAUGUUCGGUGAUGGUCCACGAACUAAUAUACGUCCACGUGAUUUGAUGUUGAAAAAUUCCGCAUCAUCAUCAUCAACAAUUCGACGAUCACCAAGAAACGGUGUACAUUCAUUUGAUAAUUUCUUUGAAGCACUUAAUGAUAAUCAAUUAGGAUCAUCAAAAUCUCAAACAAUUAUUAAAGAAUUUAAAUCCGAUUCACAGGGUAUGUUUGAAGAAAAAACUGUCAUCAAAGAUAGUGAUGGUAAUGAAAAAAUUAUUACAAAACAAUCGGAUGGCAGUAAAACUAUUGAACGAGAAAUACAGAAAAAAGAUGAUAAAAUUGUACAAAAUAAGGAAAUUGUUUCCGAUAUUGGAGAUGAUAUGACAAAACUUAGCAUUUUUCCUCAUGGCAAUAAUGAUAAUGAUAAUGUUUCGAAUGCUACAAAAGGACGUAGUUAUUGGUCGUAUGUAUGGCCAUUUUAAAUAUUUUCGUUAUCGUCGUCGUCGUCAUCA